GCCUUCCUGUGUGUAGAAGAGGUUUAGCGGUUCUGUCAGCCGAUUUGCCGGCCUUAAGCGAGGCGAUGGAGGCUCUGAUUCCCGUGAUAAACAAGCUGCAGGAUGUGUUCAACACCGUCGGCACGGAUUCCAUCCAGCUGCCGCAGAUUGUGGUGAUCGGAACGCAGAGUAGUGGGAAGAGUUCAGUGUUGGAAAGCCUGGUGGGGAGAGACUUCCUACCCAGAGGUACUGGGAUAGUGACCAGACGUCCCCUCGUGCUACAGCUGGUUCACGUCAACUCUGAGGAAAAGAAGAGACCUUCAGAAGAUGAAGAACAUGCAGAUGUGGAGGAAUGGGGGAAGUUUCUACAUACAAAAAAUAAGAUCUACACAGACUUUGAUGAGAUUAGACAGGAGAUUGAGAAUGAGACUGACAGAAUCACUGGAACUAACAAGGGUAUCACUGAUGAUGCCAUCCACCUGAAGAUCUACUCACCCAAAGUUCUCAACCUCACCUUAGUUGACCUGCCUGGUAUCACAAAGGUGCCAGUGGGAGACCAGCCCCCUGACAUAGAGGUCCAGAUCCGUGAGAUGUGUCUGCGUUACAUCGCCAACCCCAACUCCAUCAUCCUGGCUGUCACCUCCGCUAACACAGACAUGGCCACGUCUGAGGCACUCAAGUUCGCAAAGGAGGUCGAUCCAGAUGGCCGUCGCACGUUAGCGGUCAUCACCAAGCUAGACCUGAUGGACGCGGGCACGGACGCCCACGACGUGCUGAUGGGUCGGGUCAUCCCGGUCAAGCUGGGCAUCAUCGGGGUGGUCAACCGCAGCCAGAUGGACAUCAACAAGAGAAAACCCAUCGAGGAGGCCAUCAAGGACGAGGCGGCCUUCCUACAGAGGAAGUACCCAUCGCUAGCCAGCAGGAACGGGACAUCACACCUCGCCAGGACGCUUAACAGAUUACUGAUGCACCACAUCCGAGACUGUCUGCCGGACCUGAAGACCAGGAUCAACGUCAUGGCCUCACAGUUCCAGCAGCUUCUUAACUCAUUCGGGGAACCUGUGGACGACAAGGGAACAACACUGCUACAGAUCAUCACCAAGUUUGCUGCCCAAUAUUGUAACACCAUCGAGGGAACAGCCAGAAACAUAGAGACAACAGAACUCUGUGGUGGUGCCAGAAUAUGUUACAUCUUCCACGAGACCUUCGGCCGUACGCUGGACUCCAUCGAACCCCUGGGAGGGCUGUCACAACUGGACAUCCUCACAGCCAUUAGGAACGCAACGGGCCCCCGUCCGGCGCUGUUCGUACCUGAAGUGUCGUUUGAGCUGCUGGUGAAGAAACAGAUCCGUCGUCUGGAGGAGCCGAGUCUGAGAUGUGUGGAGCUGGUGCACGAGGAGAUGCAGAGAAUCAUCAACCAUUGUGGCACACAGGAGUUGCUGAGAUUCCCUCGCCUCCAUGACAGAACUGUGGAAGUCGUCACAAACCUGCUCAGAAAAAGGCUGCCCGUCACUAACUCCAUGGUUGAGAACCUGGUAGGUAUCGAGCUGUCUUACAUCAACACCAAACACCCCGACUUCGCCGACGCCAGCCUGAUAUCCGCCCUCGUCAGCAGCCAGGAGGUACGACUGUUACAUGUGGUUAAUGUUGUUCUGUUGUUAACAGGAACUCCGUAAGCAGCAGCGGAACCGAUCAGUCGGUCCAGCGCAAACGCGGAGGACAAGGUCCUCGGGGCGAGCGCGUGGAAACUGAAUAACUGGCUCCGGGGGUCCAACCAGUCCUCGGAGAACACGCCUGCCGGCACGCCCCCCCAGCAGAACUCACCCGUCCACUCACCCAAGACCUCCGUCACCGCUAGCAGUCUGCAUGGGGUUAACCUGCUCGAUACUGCAACCCCCAUCUCUCGCAAGCUUAGUCCCAGGGAACAGAGAGACUGUGAGGUCAUAGAACGUCUCAUCAAGUCCUACUUCCUGAUUGUAAGGAAAAACAUCCAAGAUAGUGUCCCGAAGGCCAUCAUGCACUUCCUGGUGAACUUUGUGAAGGAUAACCUGCAGAGUGAGCUGGUAAGCCAGCUGUACAAGACUGACUUCUUCACAGACCUGCUGCAGGAGUCCGACCAGAUCGGCACACGGAGGAAGGAGGCAGCAGAAAUGCUCAAGGCUCUUCAGAAAGCUGGCCACAUCAUCAGCGAAAUCAGGGAAACCCACGUGUGGUAACCCACGUUUGGUAACCAUGACAACCACGUCUGGUAACCAUGCCAACCAUGGCUGGGUCAUGGGCAACAGCCGGCAACUACUAACUACGAUAUAGCAAAGAAGGGGACGUCCAACAUUGGCAGUAUUAGUCAUACAACACUGUGAUAUACACAUUAUAACUCUUACGUACAAGUAGUUCAAGGAAAGGAUGGAUAUGGUCAGUAAUUACAGAAUCAAGUUGUAGUGUAGUGUUCUUUGUACCAAAGCCUGUACAUGCCAAUUUCAAUUAACUGAUAUUAUAAUAGAACUGGUUUAAGUAUACAAAUUACAGUUACUGAGGAAUUCAUGGUCAAUGUAAGCCAUCGUAGAUACAUGAUUGUGUAUUGUAACUACAAAAUACAGGCAUGACAGUUGGAGUACUUGACUGUAUAUUCGUUGUCUGUUACAGCAUCUACAGGAGACUACACGGGUGAUUAUUCAAUGCUUGUAAACAUGCUGUUUUAAGAGCCGCUCUAGCUAUGGGUUUGAUGUGACGCAAGUUCUUAAAAAUGCAAUUUCUUUCCCCAACCAUUCUUUGUACUUAAAACAGGCCAAAUCAUUUUGACUUUUUGUGCCCCUGCAUAGAAUGUCUUCUUUUUGCCCCUGUGGAUUUUGAAUUUUUAAAAGUGGACUAGUCCUAAUGGCUGUAUCGGUGGGCCUAAGAGCCAUGAGUCCAUGUUGUUGUUGAACUGAUGCUGCUGUGGUCUCAAUUUGCCUGCAAACAUUGGUGUCUGGGAGCACAUCUGAGUGAUAGAGCUGUAAAAAUGGUGUCAUGGUCAGCUCAUUAAAUUAUUCCUCAGCUUUUUUAUUAUCGAAGUCUAGGUAAGAGCAAUCCUGAAUGCGGUUCCGUUGUCUAUUGUCACAAAUUUAUUAUAACUGCACGUUCAUAUGUAGUUGUUGCAGUGGAAAGCGUUAACUUGCAAGAUAUCGUCUUGAUGACUACAUCUUCGGGUGUGCAAAACUUGUGAGAGAAACAUAAUAUAGUUAGUUGAACGAAAAUGGAAUAAAUUAUACAAAGAGAUUUCUUGCUUACAGUGUUCAAUUACGUUGCCCCCACCUAACACCUAAUAUACCAAAUGUCAAAGUUUUCAUACCUAUGAAAUUGAUAGAUAUUAAGUGUUAAAUGUACAUAUGAUGGUCUCAUUUCCUUUAAGGUUUUCCAUGAAAGUGGCCAUGUAAAUUUUGUGACGUGACGUUCUUGUGUGUUCAUCUGUCUGUAAAAGUGUGCUGUAUGAUGUCAUCAUGAUAGAGAUAAUAUGUAAACUCAUCAUCGUAUUCAGUGUCAUGAGAUAUGUUUAAAGUGAAAUGUUUUGUCCGUAACUGGAGUUUAAAACAUGGCAGGUUUCGCUGGACUUGGCAAUGGGGCACACAGCUGGCUAUACCGAAAUCUUUGUUUUACAUGUUGAAAUAUCCGUGAAUAGUUUCAUCAAGUUGGUAAGACACUAAGUAAAGAGACUCUUUUUUACA